UUUAUUUUAUUUUGUUUUAUGAAAAUAAAACAAUAUUUUUGACGCACACACAUACAUAUACAUUUUUAUCACUGGCAGACAGUUCUCAAAUAAGGCGUAUAUGCAUUGUCAUUUACAUUAAGGAAACUUUUUUAUAGCAAGAGUUUGAUACACUUGAUAUGAUGACACGUUAAAAGGCUCUGUUGCCCACGUUUAAAAUGACUAACACUUUCUCUGACGUAAUAAUCUUGUAUGCUUUCAAUGCCAAGCAAGUGUUCUUGCUGUUCUCCCCUCUUCAUUUCUGCCUUGAUAAUAUACACACUAGCGGUAUACGUGUCUGUAUUUAUUACGUUCUACGUCUCGUCCGGAACCAGUCGUUUCUUGAUUAUCGCGGCAUUAUGACAGCGUUAUUUCAGCUAUUUUCGUCGCCUUUUGCGUUGAUAUUGACUACUUUAAUUCUAAUCGGCGUUGUGAAGAUUGUGCCUUACGUGAAUCUUGCAUACUUUUAUUGGAAGAAGAAGGGCAUUCCUUACCUGCCAGAUUCAUGGUUAUCUUUUAUAACCGGUUGGAAACUGUUCACGGGUCACUUAAGCAUUGUUGAGUACAAUAAUUUUUUAUAUAAUUACUUUCCGGACGCUAAGUAUGUUGGAAUAUCGGAUUUUGCCACACCUACCAUACUUCUGCGCGAUCCCGAAUUGAUCAAGGACAUCAUGGUGAAAGAUUUUGAACACUUUCCGGAUCAUCGCAGUUUUGUUGACGAAGAAGUGGACCCACUAUUUGCUAAGAACAUUUUUGCCCUGCGCGGCGACCGCUGGAAAGAAAUGAGGAACACAUUGAGCCCUUCUUUCACCGCCAGCAAGAUGAAAUUUAUGUUCGAGCUGGUAUCGAAAUGUUCGUCCGACUUUGUCGAUUAUCUAGUCGAGCAUCCGGAAAUUUGUCUCGCCAUAGAGACGAAGCAGGCCUUUCGACGAUACACCAACGACGUGAUUGCCACGGCGGCUUUCGGCAUAAAUGUGAAUUCGAUGAAGGACCAAAACAAUGAAUUCUACACAAGAGGUGCGGAGGCCACCACAUUUUCCAGUGGAAUACUGGUUAUGUUGAAGUUCAUGUUCUUACGUUUAUUCCCGCGACUUGGCAAUUUAUUCGGUUUGUCCUUUUCUCCAUUGGCCAUGUCGAAAUUUUUCAAGAAAGUUGUCGGAGAGACGAUCGAAGCUCGAGAAAAACACGGUAUCAUCAGGCCGGAUAUGAUUCACUUAUUAUUGCAGGCUCGCGACAAGGAAAAUUCUCACAAGAUUACAUUGGAUGAUAUUGUUUCACAAGCUGUAGUCUUUUUUUUUGCCGGUUUUGACACAUCCGCGACACUGAUGUGUUUUAUCGCUCACGAGCUGGCUGUUAAUCGUGAUAUCCAAGAUCGCCUGCGUGAGGAAGUGGAGCAGCAUCUUAGUGUAGAAAACGAUACGAUUUCUUACGAAUCAUUGUCGAAAAUGGUUUACAUGGACAUGGUGGUCUCUGAGACUCUUAGAAAGUAUCCACCGGCACCUACCACUGAUAGGCUUUGCGUCAAGGAUUAUGAAUUACCGCCGUCACAACCAGGUUACAAGAGCGUAACCGUAAAAUCGAAUGACGUGAUGAUGAUACCUGUUUAUGGCUUGCAUCACGAUCCAAAGUACUUUCCGAAUCCACAAAAGUUUGAUCCCGAACGGUUUAGCGAUGAAAAUAAGGACAACAUUUUUCCGUGCACUUACUUGCCGUUCGGACAUGGGCCUAGAAAGUGUAUCGGUAAUCGGUUUGCUCUUAUGGAAACAAAGCUUCUGAUAGCUCAUCUCUUACAAAAAUUUAUUCUCAAGACCACAGAGAAGACUAUUGAACCUGUCCUGUUUGAUAAAAAAGAGUUUGCGUUGAAACCUGUGGGCGGAUUUUGGAUCGGUUUAGAAAAGAGAAAAAUUUAAAAAUCUGGAAUGUUUAUAUACAACAUAGUUGCGUUUAGAAAAUUUUUUGUUAUUACACUUUUAAUUUUGCAGACGUUCCACGUAUGUGUAAAUUUUUACUUUCGGAACUGAUAAAUGUCUGUUUGAGAUUUAUUAUCACCAACUUAAACAUCAAGUGAUUAAUAUUACAUAUUCUAUUACGUAUUAUAUAAUAAUAUUAUUGAAUUGCUAAUGAGGAAUGAGACUAAAUAUUAAGAUGAAUGUCGUGACUUGUAUGAACUCAACUUGAUUAUAUGAACCGUUGUUUAAAAACGAAAAUAACUUUUAUUUGUUGCUAAAGAGCAACGAAUAAAAGGAGAGAUAAUAAAUACGUUUAUUGUA